AUGGUGAAGCAACACGCCACCGAUUUCGAGAAAAUCAUCAAUGCCGGCCGCGAGCGCAAGAAGAACGAAGAGCUGGCGGCUAGGAUCUUUAGUAGAGACAAACGCCGCCAAAGUGCCCCCAUCAAAGCUGGCAACGGCCCGUCGCUCGCAAGUCGCGUGGGUGUGAACAAGCGAGUCUCCUCUGUUGCCCGCGUCCCAGCCGGCAACGUCAAUGGCGAAUGGACUCACGAUCUACACAACAGUCGUUCGACGCCCGACUUGCGCGCGCAACCGAAACUGACCUCUCUCGCGGCCCGUAUUCAUGCUCCAGGCACUAAGCCCCCAACCGCCGCCAACCGCAACGCGAACACCAAGCGCGUCGCAAAAUUCGCCAAUGCCUUCAACUCCCCGGCGGCCGCAUCACAACUCAAUGUCCAUUCUGCACCGCCGGCAAAUGGGCUUACGAUUCGUGGGCUUGCAGGGCCUUUCGUGGUUAUGGCCCAGAACUUUGCCCCAGGCACAACAGCAGCUGACAUCGAGAGUGCGAUGACUCCUGUGGGUGGGCUGGCACGUUCAUGUCGGUUGGUUAAGACCCACCCUCUCGUUAUUGCCGAGAUCGUGUUCGAGAAUAAGGAGGGGGCUGAUCGGGUUAUUGAGACGUUCAACAACCAGACUGCCGAUGGACGACUCCUCCAUGUAUACCUCAAGCCAGGCGGUGGUUAUACACCGAUGCCUCCCACGGGCCCGCGCGCACAACGUUCGACUGAGUCGCGAGUUGGCAGUAAUAGUGUUGUUGUGGAUGGCUCAAUGGGGUUUGACGAACCUAUGGAGACGGCGGACGCGGGGUAUGGCGAGUCGACCAACGGCGGUCUCUAUAGUGACAGAUUAGUACCGACGGGUCCUGCGAAUGGUGGCAGCGGUAAUAGACGAGGAAGAGGUUUCCAUCGCGGACGGUAG